AAGAGAAGCAUUUCGUCUUUCCGCUUGUGAGGAGAUCAGCGGCAGUUGCAGCUUGUGAAGAAGACAGUAAAUAGAGCACUCAUAAUCAGGAAUAAUGCCGCUGUUCCAGGUGAACACCAACGUAGCCAAAAGUGAUGUUCCAGCGGCUUUUCUGCCCGAGGCUACCGAGGAGCUGUCUAAAGCUAUGGGCAAACCUGAACAGUACAUUGCUGUGCAGAUCAACACUGACCAAACAAUGACAUUUGGAGGAAAGGGAGACCCCUGCGCAUGCUGCACCCUCCAAAGCAUUGGCAAGAUCAGUGCCUCUCAGAACAAGCAGUACUGCCAACUCCUGUUUGGACUGCUCAAAAAACACCUGGGCAUCUCUCCUGACAGGAUUUAUAUCAUCUUUGUAGACUUGAAUGCAGCCAAUGUGGGUUGGAACAACACUACGUUUGGCUGAGAUGGAGGUCAAGACACUGAAAUAGAAGAUCAUUCCAGUAUGUUCCAAACGUGUGAGCAUAGUAACAACUGAUGAAUUCCUCAAUAAAAAUACUGUAUGAGUAGCUUCAGAAGCGCUUACCUGGACCCUAUAGCACUUGGUAUUGCACUCAUCCUUUCCCACUUGAAUGCAAUAAAGCAAAUCCUGUAGACAA